AUGUGUUUUGAUUUAUUUAGAGAUUCUUCGGAAGACACAGAGCUCAUCGUUUUGGUCGUCCCUUUGGGCUUAUUUCUCCCCCUGCAAAUACCUCGCUUAAUUUUCUGGAAAAAUACAGCCAUGAUAGCGACGCAAGACAAACCCGAAAAUACACACCGAUACUUCAUUAUAAUCUCAAAUUCUUAUUUUCGUUUUAUCUUUAGAGUAUUUUCAUGUAAUUUUCAGUUAUCUAAGAGCCAAUUUAGUAUUAAUUUAAUUUCGGAGAAUUUUCCGCAAAAAAAUUCCAGCCUUUUAAUCCAAUUUAUGAGCUACAAUUAA